AUGAAGACAACAAUCGCUGUCUUGGCUGCGGCCAGCACUGUCGCCGCUCAGCAGUCCGCUUAUGGCCAGUGCGGAGGUCAAGGAUGGAGCGGAGCGACCACGUGUACAUCUGGCUACUACUGCUACGCACAGAACUCGUACUACUCUCAGUGCGUCCCGGGUACUGCGUCGACUACAGUCAAGACGACCGCAAAGCCUACUACCGCAACGACUACGGCUAAGCCUGUCUCCUCCACGAAGACGACCACGUCUUCAGCUGCUCCCACCUCCAGCGCUCCUGUGACUAGUGGCAGUGGCAAGGUGAAGUAUGCCGGUAUCAACAUCGCUGGCUUCGACUUUGGCUGCGACACCACCGGAACGUGCCAGCUGGGCACGAACGGUGCCUACCCACCUGGCGCAAAGGGGCAGGCUCAAAUGAACCACUUUGUAAAAGAUGAUGGUUUGAACGUCUUCCGUCUGCCCGUCGGUUGGCAAUACCUUGUCAACGGUGUCCUCGGUGGCACUCUCAACGCGGCCAACUUCGCCACGUACGAUACACUUGUGCAGAACUGCCUUAGCUCCGGUGCAGCUCUCUGCGAGAUCGAUGUACACAACUACGCUCGAUGGAACGGUGGGAUCAUUGGCCAGGGGGGUCCCACCAACGCCCAGUUUGCUUCCCUCUGGAGCCAGAUUGCGGCCAAGUACGCCAACAACCCAAAGAUUGCCUUCGGUGUCAUGAACGAGCCUCACGACCUCGACAUCAACACGUGGGCUACUUCCGUCCAAGCUGCUGUUACAGCCAUUCGUCAAGCUGGUGCCACUUCGAACAUGAUCUGGCUGCCCGGCACCGACUAUACGUCUGCAGCCAACUUCAUCGAGAACGGAUCAGCUGCUGCUUUGUCCAAGGUUACCAACCUUGACGGCUCCACUACCAACCUCAUCUUCGACGUGCACAAGUACCUCGACUCCGACAACUCCGGUACCCACUCCAGCUGCACGACCAACAACGUUGCUGCUUUCCAGACUCUUGGCAACUGGCUCCGCAUGAACAAGCGUCAAGCCAUCCUCUCAGAGACUGGCGGCGGACCCACCGACAGCUCAUGCCUCACAGACGUCUGCCAAGAACUUGACGAACUGAACCUCUACAGCGACGUCUACCUCGGCUGGAUCGGCUGGGCCGCUGGCAACUUCGACCCCAGCUACGUGUUGAGCGAAGUGCCAACCCAGAAUUCCGAUGGCUCGUUCACGGAUGUGCCGUUGGUCACUCAGUGCAUUGCUGGAAAGUUCCACUGA